AUGGCGGCCGGCGAAGAGAACGACGGAGCUUCCUUGAACAAAGUCGUUAUCCCUAAGAAGCAAGAAAAACGAAAAUCAUGUGAAGAAAAUGUAAUCUCCAAUUCUUCCUCAGACUUCACGUGCCCCAUAUGUUUGCAAAUACUUAUCGAACCUGUAGUAAUGCCUUGCGAACACGAGCUGUGUUGGCCGUGCUUCAAGCAAAAUGUGGAGGAGGCGAAUUUCCUUUGCCCUCUCUGUCGAAUGAGGAUUUCAAGUUGGGCGAGAAGAAAUUCGCGAAAUGGGACACUGGUUAAUGUAGCACGAUGGCAACAAAUUCAGCAGCUCUUCCCAGAGAAAUGUCGCAAAAGGUUACGUGGUGAAGAUGAUGACGAUAUCUUUGAUAUGCCACCAGUGAAACGCACCUUAUCCAAGGAUGGGGAACUACGUAAAGAGUAUGAGGAGGAAAUGAGGAAGUUGAAAGUAGCAAGAGAGGAGGAAAUGAAGGCAAGUGAAGAGGUUAUCUACAAAUUACAACAAGAGGAACAGAGAUUAAUGAGGUCUCUAGAAUACCAGAGACUACAAGAUGAAGAACUUGCAAGAAAAAUGAUAAAGGAGGAACAAGGACAGAACUCAAUGGGACAGCUGCCUAAAAAUAAAAGCCUAUCAACAACCCCAUACAAGAAUAAAAUUGUGAAAGGAAAAAAGAUAAAAGGACAGAGUACUCAAGCUGGUCACAGUAACAGUACACUAGACAGGUGGUUCCUUCCUACAAGGCAUACCUCUCCUGGUGAUGUUCAAGGAUUAUCAAAGAAUAAAAGCAGUCAUGGUAAAUCCAAUUUCAGAAAAAAUUCCUCUGAAGACAAAGAGGAUUCCAUCUUUUCAUCAAGUUCUACAUUUAGUGAUAUUUUUAACAUGAGCAAUCUACAAUUCCUUGAAGAAAGAAGAAAACAAGAAGAACAAGACCUUCAGUUUGCAAUAAAUUUACAAAAAGAAUUUGAUCUGGCAAGUACAAAGACUUCAGAGGUGGACAGAAAGAGAGGAACUGUUAAUGCAUAUUUACUACGGACUGUCGGUGAAAACGAAGAAGUGGAAAGUGGCACUGAUAAUAUACCUUCAUAAAAUAAACAGUGACAUUCCUGUUUUUUAUUUGUUUUGACAUAUUUUUUAAAACUUAAAAGUUAAACUGUGAAAAUUUCUUGGCUCAAAAUUGUAGCAGGUUUUGUUUGCAGAAAAUUUUGUUUUGACUAUGCCCUCUAAUGUGCCUACUUGUAACUGUGUUUGUUUUGGUGAAAGUCUGUCAUUAAAGUGUCCUAAAGGGCAUAAGAAGGAAAAAAAAUUAUUUCAAAAUUACUUGUAAUAAUAAAAAAAAUUACUGGUAAACUAAAUUAAAGUAGAUAUCAAGUGGUGUUAAAGGAUGAAGGAGAGAUAUAAAUAAAAUAAUUUGUGGUUUA